ACUCCUCCCCAACACUUCGUCAAGCUUGAUCCCAACCAAUCAUGGCGUUUUUGUCCGCCACAGCAGCCUCCAUCCUCCUCCUCGUAGCAGGCGCUGGCGCGACGGAGUACACGGUCGGCGACUCCGCCGGGUGGACCAUCGGCCCCAACUACCUCACCUGGUCGCAGAAGUACAACUUCACCGCCGGCGACACGCUCGUGUUCGACUACGUGGUGGAGCAGCACGACGUGUACCGGGUGACGCAGGACGCGUUCCGGACGUGUGAGCCGGAGAACCAGACCAUGCGCGUCUGGUCGUCGGGCCACGACCUCGUCAACCUCACCGUGCCGGGGGACUACUACUUCAUCUGCAACGUCGCCGGCCACUGCCUCGGUGGCAUGAAGUUCGCCGUCGCCGUCGCCGCGCCUCCUCCUCCACCGCCGCCAACGCCUCCCCCGCCGGCCUUGCCGCCGCCGCCACCGCCCGCGACCUCCGCCGGCGUGUCGUCGUCACCGAGGAGUUUCGUGUGGCCGGACGUGGUGCGGAUUCCAUGCCUCGCCGUGAUCGCGGCCUCUUGCUCCUUGCUUAACCGGUUGGUCGUUUAAUUUGUUGUACCAAAAAUAUGCUUGUGAUGGUUGACCUGGACCGUUUCUUCUUCGCACUGGUUGGAAUGUAACGAGGUAGCUAGUAAUGGCGUGCGUGCAUCCACGGUGGAUGAAGAGCGUUGACUUGUAUCAGGAUCGUGAAAAUACGUUGGUUUUCUGUGUGUCGUGCGUGCUCGUGCUGUUCAUCAUAUUUUCUGGUUUGCUUUUGACUUCCGAUGCUGUGUAUAUAGGUGAAAGUGAAAGCCGGCCGGGUGUUCUCCUGUUGAACAGAACAGCGGCAUCAUCCAAUUCAUCGAAGUUAAUAAUGUGGAACUACACGUGGAGGCCGGCCGCCAAUUUUGGGCAAGUCAUCAACUUCACAAUUCACAUGCACGCUGCAGCUAACGCCGUCGCGCUGGUGCUCCUGAACGAGCCUUGGCGGUCCC